AUGUAUUUAUUGUUUGAAUAGAGUAAAUGAUAUAUUUAAAUUAGAUUAUAUAUUUGAAGUUCCUUAAAGAGUUGUGUAAAAAACUAAAGAAUGCAAUAUUUUAUAUUUUAACAAUAAAGUUGUAAACUAGGGUAGAAUCAUUCAAUUUUACAUAAAGUAGGGGGAUUACUAGACUCUUUCAAUUUAGAAUAAGUUAGAGCUCCAUUGUUUAAAUAUAUUCUAAUUCAUACAUAUGUUCCUUAAAAAUCCAGGGUUAACUUAUUUGGAUUGA